CUCAUAACACAAAUACUAACAGCUUUGUGUAGCAUUUUAAAUUUUAGGACAAAUACAUUAGUUACGCACCAGGGCUCAUUAAUUAUCAAAAAAAGUGUAAACAAAUAUGCUAGCUUUUUAUAUUUAAAAAAACGCGGUAAAAUAUAAACUUUAGGAAUUUGGAACUUUAAUGUAUUUUUUUUGAGAAUGCGAUCCUUGAUAAUUUUAAGUGUACUACAUAAAAAAAGUAACUACAUAAAAAAGUAACGCUUCAGCGGCAUAAAAAUAUCAAGGUUCUUACUUUUUCUGAAUUCCAAUUCACAUGAAACACUAGAAUGCAUUUCCUAACUUCUUGUGGCUUUCAACUUUAUUUUUCUACUUGUAUUUCUUUACUUGGACUUUUCUUUCUCCGAAUCACUUUUUGCACUUUUUUCAAGACGAAGGGACCGUUCUUUUGUUGUUGUUUUGGUGUUGAGGGUAACCAUUUUUCGAGAGUUAGUCGUUAAAAUUAUUUCAGCAAACAAAGUAACCCCGCUGGCAAAAUAGACAUACUUUCUCCGGCGACAUUAAAGAAAAUUUCGGCUACAUCAAAGAAAAAUAAACACAUCUACCUUGCCUGUUACAGACAGACAGACAGACACACUCUCCGUAUUAUUUUAAGACAUACAUUACGCGCAAAAUAGUAUUUAUUUCAAAAGAAAACAAAAGGUUAUGUCACGCCUGAAUGAAUCUAAAUGAAAAUAAAUUUUAGAGUAAUAAUUCAUGUUAAUUUAAUACAAAUUAGUUAAAGUAAAAGCAGUGAUUUAUCUUGUAAAUUCUUAAUUUCUUCUUUGUUUGUAGUGGAAAAUCGUUCCAUAUUUCGUUUAUCUCGCAGAAAUAUUUACAUAUGUUAUGUUAAACAAUCGAAAGACAAUAAACUCGUUCAACGCACUAUACAUAUAACCUCACUAAAGUUACAGGCAACAUCUACGGUGUAGAGCACUGGCACUUCUCUUUACUAUGACUGUCAAAACAAAAGAAUAAUUGAACUUUAAAUAUUAUUUAUGAUUGAUUGUAAAUUUGUUUUGUAAAAAAAAAAAAAAUAUGUUUUUUAUGAGAAGAAAAUUACUGACAAAAAACGUACUGAUAAGUUCUCGUUUUUCAAGUAAACAAUAACUUUACUCGGAGACUUAUAAACACUAUUUCAGUCUAUCAAAGAACAAAUAUAAGCUUUUUGCACUGUAAAAUUGAAAAAUUAGUAAAAAUUGCACUCGGUAGAAAACAAAAAUAUAGCAUAUAUUUCGUGUAGAUUAGGCAAUCCCAGUGCGAGAAAAACUCCAAUCAUAUGACGAAGACCAGUACCUCAUUGUAACAAGUUGUUGUUAACUCAUAUUGUGUUUAUUUAUGAAUUAGGCUCUAUAUUAAUUUAUUUUGGAGUUAUUGGUAGCAAUCCACUAUUAAAUUUGAAAUGUUAAAGAUGCAACUUAACAGCAACAGCAGUAAUUGUAUUGUGUUGAACCCUUUACAGUUCUUAUGACCACUUAGUAGGAUGCUAAUUUACGGAAAAAAACUUAUGUGUUGGACAAGGUAUAAUCCAAAACUUCUUCUUUAUAAUCUUAAUCUUAAAAAUAGUUGUGUCCUUUACCACUCGGGUCUGGUUCUGAAUGAUGUGGAAAGAAACAUUUGUCAGUGCCAAAAUUUAUGCUUUGCACUAUUAGAGAUAUUUACAUAAGUAUUUAAUUUGAUUUAUGUUAUAACGACGUCAGUUUAUUAUAAAAUCACAUAUAUAUAUAUAUAAUGUAUAUAUACAUAAUAUAUAUAUAUAAUAUAUAUAUAUAAGGAUAGUCAAGUGUGCAAGAAAGCUAACGGUUUUUAGGUGUCAUUGUGUUUUAGCCUUACUCGAAAGCGCAUACUUAUUUGAAUUUAUAAAUCUAUUGCUUUAUUUUGUCUAUUUAGAUAUAUUAACAUUAUGAGUUCAACAAAAACCAGAAAAGACAUCGAGAUAAUUUCAAUGCAACAAAUAUUUUGUUUACCAGUGCACCGAAGUGUUGAUAUAAUCAUUUAAUUUGAUUUAUAUAAUUAUCACGUCAGUUAACGUAGUUUAUUAUAAAAUCAUAUGUAUUUAGAAAAUAAAAUAGGCAAGUAAGCUAACGGUUUUUAUGCUUCAUUGUAUCUAACCCUGAAGGCGAACAUACUCUAAAAAGUUUAUGUUUAUUUUAACUCGUAAUUCAUUGCUUCAUUUUGAUUAUUUAGAUAUAUUAACAACAUGAGUUAAACAAAGCGAAAAAAGUCAUCGACAUAAUUUCAAUGUAACAAUUCCAUGACGAUGAAAGGACAGAUCACAUGUGUUGUUGUUGGCGACAGAUAUGUUGGGAGGACUUGCUUGUUAAUCGUUUAUUACAAAAAUACCUUUCCAACAGGCUAUAUUCCUUCAUCAAUUGGUAUAGUUGCGCAGGAUGUUGAGCUUACUGAGACCGGAUGUGUUAUUCCUAUUGUAGUGACUGAAGCUCUUAGUGACAAUGGUUCGGAUGAGCAUGAUCGUUUGAGACAGUUAGAUUACGAAAAGAGGGAUGUGGUUCUGGUGUGUUUUUCACUAUCAGAUCGAACAUCUUAUGAACACGUGCGUACAAAAUGGCAUCUAGAACUUAAAAGGUAUCGUCCUACUGCAGCUAUCAUAUUAGUUGGUACAAAACUUGAUACACGGGACGAUAAGGAAUACAUUGAACAAAAUAAGUUGGUCGCAGUAGAAGAAGGAAUACAAUUAGCUAAAGAAAUAGGAGCUGCAAAGUAUUUAGAAUGUUCGGCAUUAACGCAACAAGGUGUAAAAGAAGCAUUUGAUGAAGUAGCUAGAGCUGGUAUAUUGGCAAGACGAAGUAAGAGAUGCAUCGUGCUGUAAUCGUGAGACUAAUUGAAAUCUUUUUCCUACACACCUCUCAAUAUUUUUAUCUUGAGUACAGAAAGAUUUUAAUAGAACAGGAGGCUUAGGUUUCAAAGAAUUGCAUCACAUCAUUUUUACAAACAUUUGAAAGAAAUUAAAAAGGUUAAUACAAAGGUUAACACGUUACAUAGAUGUUGAAGGAAAAUUAUUUCUAGAAACAUUUAGUAAGAAAAGUACCAGUUUUAAAUUUUAUGUAAAAAAUGGUAAAUAUUAUAUGAAAAAUAAAGAGAAGAAACAAAAUUAACUAUGAAAUGGGAGCUGUGAAAUAUUUAAAAAGUCAUUCGAAAAUGCAACAAGGUGUAAAAGAAAGAUGUGAAGAAGCCAGUAUUUGUGUUUUGAUAAGAAGAAGCAAUAAUUGUAUCGUCUGCAUUAAGUAGGAAACACUUCUAUCGCUAAAAAUUAACAAAAAAAGACAACACUACAAAUAAUUAUGUGAAGAAGACUAUUUGGGUCAGCAAAUCUUUGGUCAUUGUUUAGAUGAUCUUACCAUUAAAAUUUUCCUGCUUUUCUCUUCUCUGCAAGAGAGAGAGAGAGAGAGGUAAAGGUUAUCUGUAACAUUACUGUAGCAUACAUACUGUUGAAAUCUUGUUGCAAAUUAGGUCCGCAAAAGUUAAGUGGUAGUUUCAACGAGGACAACAAAACUGCCUGUGUACUAUUGACUACGUAAACAACGAGUAGUUUUAAAUGUUUUUUUAACAUAGGGAGAUCUACAUGCGAAGGGUUAAUAUGGUUAGGGUUUGCUUUACCCUUUCUCCAAUCUUUAAUUUGGCAAAAACUAGGUAAAAUUUUCAAAAAGGAAAACAAAGAAGUUUGGCCUUGCAGCAAGUCGUUGCAUUUGUAUAUACUGCCUUAGUGAGACAAUUAUUUGCAAAAGGAAUUUUUAUGUAUAACUUUAUUGUGUAAAUUGUUUUUACAGAAAAACAAGAUUCGCAAAAGUUUCUGCAAAAUUUAUCUGUGAACAUAGCAUAAACAACUUCAGAUGAGAUCUGCCUACUUUGCCUACAAUCAACAAACGCGUUAAUUAAGCUGGUUUCAAUGUUUUUAUAGUUUAGAAAAAAAACGAUGAGUUCUGACUAAAAAUGAGAAAGCAAAUUAAAUGUGUGGUUGUUGGCGAUACAGGCGUUGGAAGAACUUCCUUGCUUAUAACAUACGUUACUAAAAAAUAUCCAACUAGUUAUAUUCCUACCGUGUAAGUAUUUUAUAUUAAGGAUUGGUUGACGGUGGAAAUUUUUUAACAACGUUUUACCGGAAGGUCGUGUAUUUUUGUUUCGCUGCAUUUCACAAUAGUAAUAAAAGGGUUAACAAAAAAAUGUAUAGAACAUAUAUUUAAGACAAGUAAAAGACACUAACCUUUUUAUUACGAACGUGUUUAAGCUUUGACAUGUACUACUUAAAUGUGGACUUGGAAGAUGGCGAACAAGCCGUCACUAUUGCCCUGUCGGAAGUUCUUUGUGACAAUGCUAGGCAUUUUUAGUAAGAUAUACUCAACAACUUGCUCUUAAAUGUAACCUAUUUAAGAUUUCAUAUUUUGUUUCAAAUAAUUUAGGCACAGAAGAACAUGAUAGAUUAAGGCCGUUGUGUUAUCCUAAAACAUUUGUAUUAUCAUGGCUACAGUGGUUUAUGGCAUAAUGUGUCCCCAUCUAAAAAGACGAAGAAAAAGAUUCCAAACAAAAUCCAAGAUGGAGAAUUCAGUCACAAAUUCUAAAAAAUUUGUCGUACCAUUUUUAAUCGUGAAUAAACCACUAAGAGAUGCAGCGCUUCAUUACCUCCGCUGCAAACGUUUUCUUUUAAUGGCUUCAGAUAAUUCAACAGUAUUACGGAACAUCGCUGUUGUUAAAAGUGAUUCUUUAAAUCAAUCUACAGCUUCUAGUAUGGCGUUACCUACAAUACUAAAAUUUGUUUUAUAUCAUACACGCUAUAUUUUACCAAAGUAUUUAAUGCACUACAUCAUUUUCCCAAGAGUAAACAGAGUACCAUUGCUUUCUUGGUGCUACAAUGUUGGAACACUAGAUCAAUCUAGUCAAUUUCAACAAUAAAUCUUACAAUGGGAAAUUUCGGGUGGGUAGGAGGCAACCACAAAACGCAUAUGGAGAACAGUCAAAACUGUUUUGUUUUUUACCUAUUCGUGUGUUUUUGUAUUUGUAGGAUUAUUUAGUUUUUAAGCCGUAUUCAAAAUUUUUAUACUUCGAGAUUACGAUAUCCUUUCUUCGACAGUGGAAAUGUCAAGUCAAGUUCUCAAAGUGCCGUUUUAUGACAUUGAGACCAUCCAAUAAGUGGCUCUGGCCUGAGAAUCAAAAUCCUUCAGAUGAGCAUGCUUUGUUUGCAACUACUAAAUGAAUUAGCGCUUAUUUGCCUAUCAUUUUGGAAAAUAUUCGUCAAAUCCAAAAUAAUAGAACUGGAUAGUUUUUGUUUAUAAAGCCAAGAUCAGUGCGGCCUAUAUCAAAGUGAAUUAACCAACAAUGAUUUUUAUUUUUUGAAAAAUAAAUUUCGGAUAUAUGACCAUCUCUUUAGGUUGAAACACAAUCAUUAAAAAGCAGUAAAAAGCAGUUAAAAUGAUCUACAAAUAGUUUACAACACACAGAGCAUCUUAGUAUUUAUCUUUGGUAAGCGUUGCAGUCUUUCGUUUGUUUCCAAGCUAUAUAAAAACGAAUUCGUAAAAUUCUCCGAAAUUAGAAAUUGUAAAAAAAUCGCAACACUUUGCUUCCCUGUACCAAACAUAAAUGAAUAAACCGAAACGGUAUUAGCUACUUAAAAGAUGUCCAGGCUUCUAAGCGAUGACUCAAAAAUAAAAAAAGUGUACAAUUACCGUCAAAACCGACGUUUGUUUGUUUUCCUACGCUCCUGUUUGCAUAAUGUGUUAAUGUUAGGCUGCUUUGCUUCAGUAUGGUAAGGGGAAAAUACACUUGUAGACUCGAAAUGAGUAAAUAAAAUAAACAACAAACAGUCCGUAUAUAUAUGAUAUUUGAUGUCCUAAAGACUCAAGAUAUGGUUGGUGCAUGCAUUCUUAAUGUUGUGCGCCAUUUGUAAAAUAAGCAAAAAAGGAAAAUGUUAUAAUAUUAUUUCGGAUAUGUAAUGUUAUCUGUUAGAUUCUCAUUCUAUUUCACACCUUUAUUCGCCAAAUUGUGUGUCCCCUGUUUUUCAUGUUGUCACAGAUGGAUGGAUAUUAUAAUUGCACAAUGUUGUUGAAUGUCAUCAGGGGAAUACUUAACUUUUAGUUUCUGUUAUAAUAUUCUUUUAAUGAGCACUUUCAAAGGAAAUUUUGUGUUAACAUUGAUAAUUAAAAAUAUUGAAUGAUUUAAAUACAUCGAUAGUUAUAUUGAAUCGAUUGUCUCCAUAGUAACAAAGUGUAACGAACACAUGAAUAUUUAUAACAGAUUAUACUUCAGAUCAUUUUAUGUUUAUAUUUUAUUCGAUCACGCAACAUAACAAAACUAAUACUUUUUAAAAAACACACUCACAAUGUAUCAAUUAUUGUUUAUUUUGACAUUCGUUGCACUGUGUUUACAUGGGUUGGCAAUAUUCUGUUUGUGCAAGAAUAAGAAACAAAAUAAAAACCAGAAAGUAUUAUUGAUUAAUCUGAGCGCAACAGAAGUUAUUACUCUCCUGCUCAAAACUAGUUACACUGGUAUGGCGAUGGCAAUACAUAAAGUGAAAACAAUAACAGAGCAAGUCGCAGAUUUAUUGUUCAUGAUUUCGUUUUACCUGUACACACUUGCAAACUUUUUGUUGCUCUUCGCCAUGUUUUUUAUCAUAGCAGAUCGUUUUCUUUGCAUUCCUUUGCACGUCAGAUAUAAUUACGUUGUCACGAAAAUUCGAUUGAUGAAAGUCAUAAUUGCAGCUUGGAUUGUUAGCACGAUAAUAGGAUUACCCUUACUUUUUUUGGACUUUCAUAUAGAGUAUUUCAUAAUUUUGAUAGUUCUAAAUGUAGUUUAUAUUAUCAUGGCUACAGUGGUUUAUGGUAUAAUUUGUCUCUAUUUAAAAAGACGAAGAAAAACAUUCCAAGCAAAAUCCAAGAUGGAGAAAGUUACAAAUUCUAAACAAUUUGUCGUACCAUUUUUGAUCGUGAUUACUUUCAUCAUUUUUUCAUCUCUGCCGAGAUCUAUUAACCUAUGGCUGUUAGUGAUGGAUGGUCAAACAGAAACUGUCACGUUUGGCAUUCUUAUUGAAAUUUUGUUGAUCUGUGGUUUCAUUGUUGAUCCUCUGAUUUACGUUUUCUUCAAUAAACCACUAAGAGAUGUAGCGCUCCAUUACCUCCGUUGCAAACGUUUUCCUUUAAUGGCUUCGGAUAAUUUAACAGUAUUACGGAACAUCGCUGUUGUUAAAAGUGAUUCUUUAAAUCAAUCUACACCUUCUAGUGUGGCGUAACCUACAAUACAAAAUGAAGAACUUUUUCACUCUUAUUACGUCAUGCACGCUAUAUUUUACCAAAGUAUUUAAUGCACUACAUCAUCUUUCAACGAGUGAACAGAAUACUAAUGCUUUCUUGGUGCUGCAAUAUUGGAACACUAGCUAAAUAUUUUCGAUUCCAACAACAAAUCUUAGAAUGGAAAAUGUCAUCCGGGUAGGAGGCAACCACAAAACGCAUAUGGAGAACAGUCAAAACUGUUUUGUUUACCUAUUUCUGUGUGUUUGUAUUUGUAGGAUUAUUUAAUUUUUGCUUUAUUCGAAAUUUCUAUACUUAUACUGACAGUGGAAAUACCAAGUCAAAUCCUCUAA